GGAGCAUGGGCCGGACGUGGGGCAAGUGGUCCGAGCACGACGCCGGCGAUGGCUGGAAGUACUACCACGACGCCGAGGCCAACGAGAGCAUGUGGGAGAUGCCCAUCGAGGUCCGCGAAGAGCUCGGCGAGAUGGACGACAUGAUGAAGACCGCGCUGGCCUUCUCGGGCGAGUGGGGCGUCUUUGACGCGGGCUUUGGUACGCUCUACUACUUCCACCUGCCGAGCCGGACGUCCGUGUGGGAGCGCCCGGACGAAUGGGGCAGCGCGCCCGAGAUGUCGUACGCGCAGCUCGCCAUCUUGCGCGAGAACGAAGCGGCGGCCGAACGCGCCGCCGCGGACGCGGUUCGUCGCAAGGAGCGCUUUGCACCGCCCAAAGCGCCCGCCAAGGAUCCGCCGCCGGCGCCUGUCGUGGCCACUGCGCCGCCGCCCCAAGACGAGACGGACGAAGAGAAGAAGCUGCACAUGGAGCGCAUCGAGGCCUUCCGCGCCAUGCUCCGCGAGAAGGGCAUCCUCCCGCACUUCAAGUGGGACGGCGCGCUGCCCCGCAUCGCCAUCGACGACCGGUUCCGCGCGAUCGCCGACAUGGACGAGCGCCGGGCCAUUUUCGAGCACUUUCUAAAGCACCGCAAAGCCGAGAUCGCGACCGAGAUGAAGCGCAACGUCAAGAAGGCGCGCAAGGCGUGGGCCUCCUUUGUCGAAGCGACGCUGCUCGCGAUGCCCUUGUCGCAGAUGUCCAAGAAGAAGGCAAGUUUUGAGCAAUUCCUCGCGACGCUGCAAGACAACGAGUCGUUCGAGGCGAUGACAACCACGGUGCUGAACGUGCUUCCGCUGGCCGUGCAAGAGUCGGUCUACCAAAAGCAGUUGGACGCAUGGUAUCCCAAAGCGAUGCACCGCCGGCUCGAGUACAAGCGGCUGCUCGACCUCUGGAGCGACCACAAGAAGGCGGUGGCCGACGCCGAAGAGUACACGGAUCCGGCGAUCACGAAGCUCCGAACCCAAGUCGAGGUUACAUUGCUCUCGGCGAUCGACGAAGAAGAGAUUUUUGCGACUUGCCAAGAAAACUUUCGAAAGGAAGAAGACGAACGGGCAGCGCGCGAAGCGGCCUUCAAGCAAGACGCCGCCGACCGCCUCGAACGCCAGGCCGCUGCGCGCGAGGAGGCAGCGCGAGAAGCCGCCGCCCGCCGGUCGCCGUCACCCCCGCCGGUCGCCAUCGCCCCGCAACCGCCGGUCGCCAUCGCCACGCGGUCGUCGCUCUUCGGUGUCGCGGGAUCGCCGGUCCGUGUCGCCCGGGGAUCGUCGCUCGUCGUCACGCGACCGUCGGCGCAGCAGUCGACGGCGCAGCCGGUCGCGGUCGGCGGACCGUCGUCGCCGGCGUCGGUCGUACUCGCGUUCAUCGUCCCGGGACCGAAAGAAGCAUGCGCGCCGUUGACCUCAACCCUUUGA